CCUUACAACGGGGCGACGGUCAACUCACAUCCUCAAGGCCGUUGAAAUGGAAAACACGGCUUCAACCAUCACUCCAACAGUAUGCCCUACAUACAAUAAAUCACUUCUACCACCUCCAUCAUUUCCUGGACUAGAAUUGGCCCUGCUUCGUUCGAAUAUCCCUCCGUCGUCCACUGAGAGAAGGCAUAUGUGUCAAAUAUUGGAGAUUGAGAAGGAUCAAUUGAAGCUGUAUGGUGAAGAGCUUGACUGUCGCGUCGGAAUUGCAAAAAAGCUGAGGGAGGAGAGGAGUUGUCUUGAGAGGCGAAUCAGGGAACGCGAGAGCUGGCUAGCUGGCAUUCGGCGUCUUCCCGUCGAGAUAUUGACCGAAAUUUUCUCGAUUUUCUGCUCGAUGUACGACCAUGCGCUUGCAAUCUAUAAUCUUGACGACGAAGACAGAGACAAAUACUAUACUGUCGUUUCGGACCCUACAUUGGCGCUCUCCCAAGUCUCACAUCAUUGGAGGCAAGUUGCGGUCUCUUGUCCUCAUUUAUGGUCUUCCAUCGACGUCGAGGUGAGGAGACCUGUCUGCGAUUAUGGUGGCAUCCUUGCAGCAUACCUGGAAAAUUCGGCAUCUCAUCCUCUUCAAAUCAGGAUUUGCGAUUCACGAUCAUGGAUCACCUGUCUGGAUUACAGGCGAUUCGAUUUAGGAGCAAACGGUGUUUCCAUUGUCGAAACGAUACUUUUGCACUCGGCACGAAUACAGGUUCUCACAUUCGAUGGUUUCCGUAUUCGUUAUGGGAUUCUACGCCAUUCGCAAUACGCGUUCCCGCUCCUGCGGGAGUUUACGGCUACCACAGAAUUUGAUUUACCGGGUCAUAGUGGACUAUUAAAAUCGCUAAAUGAGGCCCCCCUACUCAACACUUUUUCCACCAAACAUCUCGAUGACAGUGUUGUUCUUCCCUACAGUCGGCUCACCUCCUUGACAUUAGGUGACAUGACAAGCAUUAAUUCGUUCUACGGCCUGUUGCAGAAGUGUUCGAACCUCAGGAAGCUGGUUAUCAAUCGUUAUUUCAGAAUAGAACGAGACGCCCAACCCAUUGAAUUGCCGUCCCUCCGUACCCUAUCCAUUCGAACGGAUGUUCAGGCAAACCUGCCUCGCCAGAUCAAAUUCCCUAAUCUGCGUAUCUUCGUUGUGGUGAUUCGUCCAUGGUCUCUCGACGAAGAAGAGCAUGAAUGGCGCUCCCCUGCUUUCAGGUUUAUUCUCCAGUCCUGUUCGUCUACUCUACGAAGACUAUCGCUGACUCUCACUCGACGUACCGUCACCAGUCUUACUGCCAGUCAGGUUUUGGAGCUAGUAUCAACACAGUUAAGUUACCUCCAAAUUCGUGUGAGUCGAGAUACAACCGGUUUUACAGAGGAGCUCUUGUCUCUCCUUACUGUCCCCAAUUCCGCGGAAAACCGAACGACCGUUUUCGUGCCAGAGCUACGCCAGCUGAGGGUAACUGUGCUUCAUGGCGAACCGUUGCAUACGGAGAAGGUUGCAAAUUUGAUAGUGGAUAUGAUCAUGUCCAGGAGUAAGAAGCGCUUGCUGGACAAUCGGAUAUCCGUGGCGGCCUCAGCUCUUGCGAUAGCUUUCUUCGAUCUUAGACAUCCAUCGGCAGCUGGGGAUGGUGAAAUGGGUGGAAUACAAGACAAGUCUUGCCGCUUUUUGGAAAUAAUCAAUGCGGCUCCGUUGGAUCCCGAUAUGUCGUUACGUACUCUCGUUGGCUUACGCACAUGA